CAAGCGCGUCUUUGCCGAUGAGUUACAGCAAUAUAAAUAUCUUUCUUUUUUCGUCAUUGCCAUCUUACACACGUCCUUCUACCAGAUGGUGAACUCUUGUUUUAAUCUCUCAAGUUUGUGUUUUUUUUUGUUGUUGUUGAGAUUCUGAAGCACACUGGUAUUCACUUGUUCCCCCUCCGCAGAUGACUGCUUUCUUUGCAAUUUCGUCCUUUUAAUUAAAAUCAUCAGGACUUUACCAUACCAUCUCUCGCCUCUUUAUUCUAUUUUCCGUCGUAUUUUUGGGGAAAGAACCCUUCGGACAGCGUGUUUUAUUACUGCAGAGCCCCCGGUGACUUGUUUUAUGACGUCAAGUGCGCUCAACAGAAGCUAACAUUAGUGUGCGUUGCAACAAUCGCGCUGGUGAAACAUGGAGUAUCAGGACGUGAGAAAUUCAAAUGUCAAAUCGAAAAGAAAAUGUUAUAUUCUUGUCGGGACAGCUACGGUUCUCGUGCUUGCAAUUAUUCUUGCAGUUGUCUUAGUGUGUACGAUUAAAAAGGAACCUGAAAGAAAUCAUCUGAAGGAAACCGUUUUGAGUCGAUGCCAGAGCUACGUGAACAGCAACCCAUCUGCCUUAAGUGGUAAUGACUGUGAAGGCAUAUGGAAAGCAUUUGAACAAGCAUAUGUAGGCAAGGACCCAUGCAGUGUUCCUCCUGAAGCUUACGAUCAUUUGAUGAAUUCAGUUCAACAAACAAUACCUUGCAAUACAAAACUUUUCUGGAGUGGAACAAAGGAAAUGGUAUUUGCAUUUGCCAAAGACAGGGAUUGUCUGAUGACUAUAGAAGAAUCAUUGAUGGGUUAUAUGUUUAAUGGACUUCACUGGUGCAGCAAUAAUGGAAGUAAAGAAACAUUCACCACAGGUUGUCCUGAUUGGACAGAGUGUGUCAACAACCCAGAGCGUUCUUUUUGGAAUAGAGCUUCUGCUAAUUUUGCCGCUACUGCCUGUGGAAAUGUGUCUGUAAUGCUUAAUGGAUCUAAAGAUUCUCCUUUCAACCCAGUAAGUAUAUUUGCAACUGUUGAGGUAAAGAACUUCAAUCCUACCACAAUGGACAGCCUUACUGUUCUUCUUGUAAACGAGGAAAAAGACACAACAACAUGUUCUAAUGAGUCACUGGAGAAUCUUCAAUCUAUCUUUAGUUCUGGUCCUCUUAAAUCAGUUGGUUAUGAAUGCAGAGUAGUGCCUCAGGCAAAAGUCACGGAAUGCAUUGAUGAUCUAGAGAUUCCUUGUAGCAGCUGUUGGUAAAAUCGUUCAGUUUCUGACCUAGCACAGAGCUUCUCAAACCUGUCUCCUGGAGGACUUCUAGUCUUGCACAUUUUCUAUCGGCGAAUUCCAAAUAGCGUUUUUGCGCCCUUGUAGGGCACUUCAGGAAGGAGACUUGAGAACUUUUACAAAACGACAAAGACAUAUUUUUGAUCGGCUCAUUAACUUAUUCCCUGCCAGCCUUUUUAAAAAAAAGUUGCCAGCCAGCAUCAAAUGAGAGAACAGACCAACUGCUUUUAAACAAACAAACAAAACGGAAAAAAGUUUCAUCCUAUCUUCAUUUGUUGUCUUUUUAAAAUCUCUCAAAUUUGGGUAGGUUUCUUUAAAAAUACAAAAUUUUGAGCAAGUGUUUACAAUGUUGUUGAAUUAGUUGAUGCUUCAGUUUUUUAUAAGCAGGGUAAGAGUGCCACCUUGGGCAGUGGUUCUCAAUCCUGUUCCUGGGGACCCCCUGCUCUGCACAUUUUGUAUGUAUACCUUAUCUAACACACCUGACUCUAAUCAUCAGCUCAUUAGAUGAGAGCUCCAUGAACUAAGCAAAGUGUGUCAGGUUAGAGAGACAUACAAAAUGUGCAGAGCAGGGGGUCCCCAGGAACAGGAUUGAGAACCACUGAACUAGGGGAUAAUAGUGAAAUUAUAGAUUACCGUAAAAACUUGGCGUUAUUGGCACAGAAACUUUUUUAUUAAUUGACGAGAUAACUCUUCAAUGGCAGGGAAAGAGUAAUGAUGAUGCAGAAGUAAAUAAAAAAAAUUAUCAUCCCGUACUUCCUUUAUCCCUAGCAAGCUCUCACUCUGGAGGGUAAAAGCCACUUUUGAAUAGAACACAGGAAUAGGCUGUGUCCGAAAUCUUAGGGAGCUGACUUGUUGCCCUGCUGCCUAAACAGGCAAUAGCUACGUUAACAUGGACACAUUUUACCUCAAUCGGAAGGAAAUCAUUGUGAUUGAUAAAUCUAUCAUAGCGUUUACAUAAACACUUCAUAAUGUGAUCGGAUUGAAGUGCGUGUUUUUAUAGCACAAGUUUUAAACACAAAGGAUUGGAAGGAGAUUGGUAAAAUUUAAGCAACAAGACAGUCAAUUCAUGUGACUUCUCUCAACAACACAAGGUCGCGUUCUUUGCGUCAUACGUCAUUACACCUUUAAAUGCUCCCGUUCUGUCUGUGAUUUUGAAUCUUUGAUUGUGUUUAUAGUGGGCAAUAUAACAUGUGUUCAUGUUUCACGUGUAAAAAAAGCGGUAUUUUUCAGACAAUUUACUAUUUUCACUGUCCUCAAAACAGGCUGAUGUCUUCCUUGUUAUGUCAAGUCCCUCCUUCAGAAAUACGUAUCAAGUUCUGAUUCUGUAGUUUGUUUAGUGUGUUGUGAUUCGAUAGCAGCUUAGCUUAGCAGAGCCGUUUGAGCCAAAGCUGGUGACUGACGUAUUCAUGUGGGCGGAGUUUAGUCAACAAACUGUUUUACUGACGUCAUUAAACCAGGAAAUAGAGGGCUGUAAAGAGGAAUUUUAUUGAAGAAAAUAUAUCGCCUGGGAGUGAACUUUGAGCUUUAUCAUUUUACAGGUAUUAUUUAUGCUAUUAUAGCAACAUUACACACUAACUAGGGUUUAAAAAAUGGUAUCAGGAAGAAUGUGACCUUUAAGUCAGUUUGGCAACAUCCAUAAAAAAGAAAAAAGAUUAUUGCACAUGCCAGAGCUUCCCAGUUUCAGUUAUCAAUCCGAUGAAUUGUUUACAUGUACUUUUAAGCAGAUUACAAAAGGUAUAAACCACCCCUCUCAAUCCGCUUAGAUUUUUAAUAGGUUUGGCUCUUUUUAUUUUGAUUGUGAUGUUUACAUGGAGCUUUUUUAUUUUCGACAUUUGAACCGAUUACAAAUGUCCAUGUAAACGCAGCUAAUGACUUUGUAUGCAACGUUUGUGCAUUAAGGUAGCUCCAGGAAACACAUUUGGACAGGCUUUAUAGGCAGCGUGAUGCAAUUCUGUUUAAAAAAUAAACCGAGGACACCAUUGUGAUAACUAAUCAAAUAUUUAAAAACUACAGCACAAAUUUCUCGCUAGAAAUGCUGUAAAGGUCUAACCAAAUUCUAGCAGAGAUUUUAUUUUUUCGAACUCGACCGGACUCAACACAUUCCCCAGGCACACACACACACAUAGAAUUGUGGCAUAUUAAAGGCAGCGAAUGAUACAUCUAUUCUGCCUUCAAAAAUCAACCUGAUGAAGGUAUCCCAGGAGACAGUAAUGCAAACAUAAGAUUUGGACAUGGUUUCAUGCCUUCCUACCUUAGAAUGCUGUCUCCUAAGGCAGCAUUUUAGAGAUUUCAGACACAGCAAUAGAAAAUUUGCAGGACAAGGGGGCCUCCAGGACAGGUUAGAGAUGCUCUGAUCUAGAUUAUGAACUUAACCACUACUAUGCGAGAAAGACAGCCUUCUGAACAUAAGGAUAAAGCAAAACUUAAAACAAAUCUGAAGACGCCUUAAGUACAAAACAGCUAAGCUAAUGUGCUCAUUCUGAAUUAACAACAACAUGAUAAAAAAAGUCUAUUGUUGUAUUAUAUACCGAUUGGGAUGUCAAAAUGCAAUUUUAUAUUGUUUUGCUAUUGAUUUUUCUGUUUUUCUGAUUGUAUUUGUCAUUUGAUAAUGUUUCCUGCCAUUUACAUGAUCCUAAUUCCUAACCAUAUUGUCAUAUUAACAUGUUUAUUAGACACAUGACUUAUUAUAACCUAAAUAACCUAUUGUGAAUUUAGCAAUAUGUAUAUCCAUAUAUAUUGAUAUGUAUGGUUAUGCCAAGUAAAUGUUUUUAGUCUUGAAAGACUGGAUCCCAGGAAGUGAAGUUUCUCUGGCUGACUUGUGGGCCACAACUUGUUAGUUUCCAGUUCAUUAUACGGCUUGGCCCUGGGCCCAGAUCUGACUCACAUACACUGAUGCACCGAAAAUGAUUUGUUGACUCGGUUCAUGAAGUUGACUUAACUAAGUUGUUGUGUUGCUUUGAAUGAGUUUACGGAGUAAAAUGUUAAACUGAACUCUGCUCAGUGUCUUUAUGAAUGCACACUACAGAGUAGGGCUGUAAUGAUACACCGAACCCACGAUUCGGUUCGUCUCGCGAUUUUUUGCCCCACGGUUUGAUUCAUAACAUCAUCCUUUGGGGGGGGUAGAUGUAGUGGACAAAAAGAAAUAUUUUUUAUUAAAUAAAGUUAUUUUUGUUUUGACUUUUUAGUAUCUGACUGCUUUUGUUGUGACUUUUUAGUAUCUUUAGUGAUCUUUUAAUCCUAACAACAGCACCUGAAUAGUAAUUUUUUUGCAAAUCAUUCAAAAUUCAACUUUAUAUUUUUAUUUGGUUAUUUUGGUUCCACUGGUUUUAUUUUAGUCACUUGACUGUUAUUUAAACAGACAACAGCAGCUGAUCUGGGGCCAGUUGCACCAGCUGUGCGUAUGUAACAACAUAGCCUAGUUACGUUCAUAAAUGGGCACUAAGUUACAACUUAUGCACUACAAAAUGUUUUUUCGUUGCACCAUUAAACUUAGUUUAAACAUAACAAUAUGUUGUAACUAAAUAUUUACGGAAGCCUCUGUCCAUGAAUAACGGUCGGAAUAAGAUGUUAGCCAGAUUAGAUCACAAUGAUGAGCUCGUAAUUGAUUACGAAGAGCCGCACGUUCGUAGACGAGUUUUCAAGAACUGUUUAAUUUUCUGUGUAUCCUUCAAUUAAAAUAAGAUUUUAAUUUUGUUCCUGUUUAUUUUCUCCUCCAUGUGUGGGAUAGAUAUUUUCAAUUAAAAGUGUAAUGUUUUGAGUUCGAUAACGUUUGCUUUAGCGUCUUUUUUAACUUUAAGUUUAGGCCAGUCAAGAAUUAGUUUGAAAUUAUGUGAUGUUCAGACUAUUUCCUGUUUACCUAUUAGAAGGCUUGUAAUGGAGUUAAGAAAAAUAGACGUCAUUCUAUGCGACAACCAGGGACGUCGUUAGGCCUAUUUUAGGGGGGCUGAAGCUACCCCAAAAUGUUCCUAAGCCCCCCUAAAUGAUUAUAAGAACAGUAAAAUUUGAUUUAUCAAAAACCGUUUCCUCAUUAAUAUUUAGACUCAACAAAUGUUAUAUAUCCAGCUACAAAAAAACAUCUGACAAGUCGGACAGAAUACGCUAGAUAAAUGUCGAACGUCAAGUGACCAAACCGGAAAACGGCGAUCGCUUCCGGUUGCCUGUAUUAGUGAUGGGUCGUUCGCGAACGAGCGGCUCUAAGAGCUGAUUCUUUGUAGCGAACGAGCAGAGCCGAAUCUUCAGACGCAGGCAGGGAAGCCGGCUCUUCUAAGGGAGCCGAGCCAGAAGAGCCGAAUCUAUGAAAAGAGCCGGACUGCCAUCACUAAAAUGUAGAGCCAGCGCUUGAACCGAAAGAGCCGAAUCAAUGAAGAGAGCCGGACUGCCCAUCACUAAUACACACGCUAGUACGCACGCUAAUGGUGAAAUAAAGAUUGGUAAGUGUCGUGAUACGGAGGAGUGAAAUUGUAAGUUGUUUUUAAUUACCUGCUGGCUGCUUACCUUUAGCUACGUUUUCUUGAGGUAAAGGAAUGGGAAUAUUUUGGUUUGCUAUUAUUAGUCUUGCACAAGCAAAAUACAAGAAAUUGUUAACUUAGCAAUCUAAUCACAACUCUUUAUUCUUUGCCAACAAUAUAGGCCUAAUAAUCUUUAAAAUAAAAUAUCUCUAAAAUAAAAUAUCGUAGGCUUAAGAUGAGUAAAUGCCCACACUCUCCACAGAUACACAUGUGAAACAAAAAUGAAAGCAGUCAUACAGUACAUAUUAUACAGUAAUCAUUACUCCAAAUCUUUUAUUCCUUCCGCCAUCAGGUUAUUGUAUUUAUACAGUAGCCACUUUAAAAAGGAUCCAUAUCAAUAGCUUACCUGGUAAAAUACUGCCUUUUUGUUGUUGAUUUAUAUUAUACAUUGUAUUCAUUUGGCAGAAUAAAUCAUCUUUAAUUGAGAAAUGCUCAAACCUGUGUGUUGUCAAAUAUCACUAUGACUUUAAAACUCUAGUUCUUGGGUUAAACUGUAUGCAAGUCAAAC